AUGACUAUUCGCCCAGAAUAUGCCAAAGCGGUGAUGCCUGGCAUAGGUGAGGGGCCGGCGGGGCCUCUACCUCCUCCACCGCCCAUGCCACCCCUCCCUGGAAUGGUGCCACCCCAGAUUCCAAUGCUAGGGAAAGCGCCCGGUGGAAUGGCACCUCAGCAGCUUUUGCUCAUGCCACAUCCGGGGCUAUUGCCAGUGGUGCCCCCACCCACAUCGGCACCUCCCGCACCUGCGAAUUCUGGACCUAAGGGUGGUGAUGCUGUACCUGCGAAUACCACAGGCAAACAGUUCCCUUGGGAAGGCACCAGCGGAAUCCAGUGCAAGUAUGGCCGGGCCUGCAAAAAUUCGCAGUGCACCGACACACAUCCCACUGGUCGGGGCAUCGAUGAGGAUCCGAACAGUACCAUUUGCCGCUUUGGGCGAAAAUGCAAACGGCAAGGUUGCUUCUUUGUGCAUCCACAAGGCCGCGAGGUAGAUGAUGAUCCCUCGAAAGGUCUAUGUCGCCAAGGCGUUGCAUGUAAGCGUCCUGAUUGCCUGUAUUCACAUCCAGAGGGGCGAAUAGUGGAAGGUCAAGAGUCACGUGCUUGUCAUGUGUGCGGCAUUGCCGGUCACUUGAUGAAGGAUUGCCCCAAGCGCCGGGGUGCUGCAGCGCUGCCCCUAGUUCCUGGCCAGUACGUGUCUUUGACCGAUUUCCCCUCCGAUUGGGAGUCCAAGACGACCGAGGAGCUCACAAUCCAAAUCACGGAGGAACUCGAGGUGUUUGGAGACCUUACACUUGCGCCAGUUUUGAUUGAUGGCCACCGAAAAGCAAUGGGAGUUUUCGAGGAUGAGGCCGCAGCCAAAGCCGCUAUAGAAGCCCUGGAGCCCGUGAUCACUAUUGAACUGAGUGACCCUCCAGUGCAGAGCGUUGCAGACGGGAAGCCUGGCUCAAUCCUCGUGCAAGACUUCCCGAAGCGGUGGCAGGCUUCAGAUAUUGGUGCGCUACUUCAUGGCACAGUCAAACCCAGUUCUCUCAUCGGCAUUGAGAUGGUGCCGGGUCCAGGUGAAGAUGAAGGUGGCAGCUCAGGUGGUGCCCGUGUUCGCAUGCGCGACUUUGCCACGGCCAGAGAAGCGGCCAAGGAGCUGCAGGGACAAAAGGUCGCUGGGAAGCCUUUGCAUAUCACCUUGGAAGAUGAGGAUGGCAAAUCUCAUGAAAUUGAUGAGAACCUAGACGCAGAGAUGAAGAACAAAGAGUACCCAGAUCGCAGAGUAGAUGGAAUAGAGAUGUGCCAGGACUACCGAAUGGAUCGCUGUACCCGUGGUGAUCGCUGCAAGUUUUCACACGGUGAAGAUGACAGCGAUGAGAAAAAGGCGCGGCUAGAACGAGAGAGAAAACGCCGCGAUGAGAAGGACCGAGGUGAGCGACGCCGGCGCUCGCGCAGCCGCAGCCGCCGGAGGUCACGGAGCCGCGGCAAGAAAGCCAAGAUUCACAUCAUCCACAUCGAUGAAUUGAAGAUGACCAAUCGACCAGACGUAGAGCCAGCUCCAACAGAUACAGAGAUUUUCUCUGAUCCAUUGCCCGAGGAAGAUCUAAUGGAUACAUGCCUCAAUGCCUUUGGAUCUACUGAGGAGAUUUAUGUCCUACCUUCCGGUCCCCGCCGUGGCUACGUCAAGUUCAAAGAACACAGCGCGGCGGCGCGUGCCGUGGAGGCCGGCUUUGGCGUUUGGUCGGAGUCCGAGCGCGUCUUGUCGUCUCAGAGAUCCAAGAAGAAUGAUGGGACGAUCGCCACCUACCCCGACAGCAUCAUCGCUCGACUGGUUGGGUCGCGUGGCGAUGGGAUCAAGAAGCUGCAAGAAGAGAGUGGUGCUGUUUGGAUCCACCUCCGUGGGGAAGACUUGGGACAUUCCGACUACAAGUUCUCCAGCUCUCAGCGGGUACACUUUAUCGCUGAGGUUGGAAAGCAGAAUGAGGCGUUGGAGACGCUCCAUCACGCAAUUUUGCACAAGAGGUGGAAGAAUCAAUGGUCUCCCACGUUGGAAAAGAUCAUUGAGCGCCAUCUUCAGCUUUGUGUAGAACUUCAGAAGAUGCGCUUUGCUCGGGAAGGCCUUCAUCAGUACAGGGCCACCUGCCAAGCUGCGAAUAUCCAGUCCUUGGAGCAGGUCGUUCGGGUCUUCCGCAAGGCGGCUGAAGAGAAGGUGAACCAAGCAAAGAAGGAGCAGGAUGUGAGGCUGGGCAAGGUUGCAGACUUGGAAGAGUUGGAUGCGCCGGAAACAAUCCUCCUUGCAGCAAUCCAAGCUGGCGACACGCGCCAGCAAAGCCAGGACAAGGAUGUGCACACGCACUUUCGCUUCUUGUGGGAGACCUACAAGGUCAUUCUGGACGUGCUUAAGUCGAACAGUCGGCUGGAAGAGGUCUACCACGAGACUUCUCGUCAAGCCUUUGAAUUCUGCCGUGCAAAUACGAGACCUCAAGAGUUCAAGCGCCUUUGCGACAUCCUCCGGAAGAACUUUCAGGAUCUAUCCAAGCGAACUGGCCCCAGUGGUCAGAACCCGGUACAGCCCAACAAUGUGGAAACGAUCACGAAGACCCUGGAGACGCGGUGUCGCCAAAUGCAAGUGGCUACGGAGCUCGACCUCUGGCGCGAAGCCUACAACACGUCCUCUGAGAUUUGCGAUCUCAUGGCGGCGCUCGGAAAGGUGAACCAGCGUCCAAAACCACACCUCAGGUCCAUGUACUACGAACACCUCGGGCAGAUCUUCUGGAAGAGCGAGAACUACCUCUUCCAUGCCUUCGCCAGCCUAAAGAACGUCUUCUUUGUAAAGGUUUGGUAUGGACACUUUGCACGCGAUCCUGAAGACUUUUCUGGCCUUCAAAGUACCGUGACGCUGCUGGAGUCCUCCCGAGCCACAGCGACUGGUGUUGCGCGGCUGGUGGUCGAAGGUCGAGCCGAGAGCUCCGGAUGGGCGCAAGCGGCGCAACCGGUGGCGCCAGUGCAGGUACCACCCACGACGUUGCAGGAAUUGCGGCCUUUGGUGGUUCCUCAAGCUCCUCGAGCUCCUCAAGCGCCGCAACUGCCGCAAGGGCCGCAAGCACAAGGGCUACUCCGUCUGGGUACUUGGAGUGAGGCACCGGCAGCUCCUGUGAGUCCAUGGAGGGUCAGUGGCCCCCUGCAGCGGGCCAACACGGUCACAGCGAGUGGGCCAGUGGCCAAGGGCAUUGCCCAGACAGGGCCCGUGCAGCUGACGCGGACUUUAACCCAAACCGUUGCGCCCCUGCAGCGUGCCAACACUGCAACUGUCUCGGGCAUUGUUUUGCAACGCGCUGGCAGCAUGGCUCAACAGCCGGCGCCAACCAAAGCGCCAGCGCCGCCAGCGUCGCCGCUGCCGGCGCCGCUGGCGGGCAAAGCGCCCGCUGCUGUGCCGAUUUCGCUGGGCCACGCUCAUCCGAUGCGGCCGUUGACGUCAGAAUGGCAGGUGGCAGGUACAGCCAUCCGGCCUUUGCCAACACAGGUGACCGAGGAGCAGGUGCCGGAGAUUGGACGCCUUUUGCUUCAGUCAGCUUUCGGAGCAAUGAAGGAGGAAGAACCUCCAAAGCAGCUACGGCUGAUUAUUGGUGGCCUCAUGGGCUCAGGGAAGAGCACCAUUUGUCGCAUGCUACGGCAUUUGCUGCAAGGAACCUGGAUCAACCAGGAUGAGUUCAGCCACCUUGGCAAAGGUGCCAAGAAAGCUUUCCUGGCAGCGAUUGCAAAGGCCGCGGCGGAUGAAACAGUUCCUGCACUGCUGGUGGACAAGAUCAACACCAUGAAACAACAUCGAGAGGAGAUCAUGGAUGCGAUGCACAAAGGCUGCCCAGGCGAGACGGUCUUUGUUCAAGUGAAGCACCCAGACGACUCUGCGACGCACUGGGAGCACACGCUGCGACUCUGCGAGAGCCGAAUCGCAAAGCGUGGAGAUGGACACCGGACUUUGAAGGCCAAGACGCCGCAGUUGAAGAUGAUCCUACAAAGGACUGUGAAAGGUGCCGAACCAUUGAGCAAAGACGAGAUUCGCCAUCUUCGUGGACUCUUGACCGUAGAUAUGACGCAGAGUUCCAUCCUUCAGGUGAUGAGGCUUAUUACGGACCUCGAUGAGUUGGAUGUGCUUGCGCCCGGUCUCUAUGACGUAGACAACCUGCUCAGUGAACAACAGCUGCUCCUCGCUUUGGAGGCAGCCAAGAAGUUGGAACAAGAACUUGCGGGAGGUGAAACUGGAGAGAACGGCGAGCAGAAAAAGAAAGAGAAGCCGCUGUGGUACUGGGCAGUGCGCUUGGGGCAAACCGCUUCAGAAGAGCUGCUGAAGACUUGGCGAGCUUCUGAGGACCACGAUAGAGCAGCAGGAUCUGGCAUUGACAUCAAGGAGAAGGACCAUCACAUCACCAUGCUUUACUUGGGUGGUGGCAAGGAUGAGGAGAUUGCAGCAAGGAACCCAAGGCUGGCAGGACCACAGCAGGUGGCGUGGCUGCGCGACGAGUUCGAGCGGCGUCGAGGCCAGACGAUCAGCUUUGAGGUGCCCAGCAUCGUUUGGGAAGAAGGUCGCGCCGCCUGUGCCGCGGUGGUGCUUGCAGGCUCUUUGCGACAGCUGUGUGCGAACGAGCAUCCUCACAUCACACUGGGAACUGCAGUGCGUGUGAGCCCCGUUGUCAGCAAUGAACUUCUUGCGCGGAGGGCGGCCACCCAUGAUUUGCAGAUGGGGCUUCAGGCUUGGCUGCAACAGUUGAGCCUGGGACAAUAUGCGUCGCAGCUGGGGCAUUGGUCUCAAAAAAUGGGCGCAGCCACGCCCGAGGAGCUUGGUGAGUUUGCUGCGGAGGCAGCGGAUGCUGUUGAGGAUGACCAAGAUUCCAAGGAACGAAUCGCAGAAGUCUUGCAGAAGGCAGUCCAGCGGCCCAUCCAUGAGUUCAUGCUGGUGAGCCCACUGCAGCUCACAGGGGUCUUAGAAGGCAUGUUGAAGGGGCAGUGA